AUAAUCUCUGGUUUUGAUAUAACAUUUAUUUGUCUCUUCAGCUCGGAAAAUUGUUUUAAUAUCACAGGGUUUUUUGUAGAUUUACUGAAGUGUUACUUCCAAUUAAAUAGUUAUUUUGUUUAAGUGCUUCAAAGCGGUUCUUACGAUGUAUGAUAUGGAUUCUGACGUCUAAUAUUACACAGUGAUUAGUGUUGUGUCGAUUACUGAAUAGGACAACAAGUGACGCGCCAUUGUGUACACAUACGCUAUUUACGAAAACUAAACAUUUUGGUAACAACCUUAGCUGCACAAAAACCUCAAUUUUUACUCUUAUUUGUGAUGUACCCGCAUUCCAUCAGCGCGGAAGAAGAACAGAAGACGAAUUUGAUUCCGAGUGUAAAUCUUCUCCAUUCAAAAAGAAAAGGAAUAUUCAUACACCCCUCUGCUAUGUACAGAAGUAGUGCACCUUGCGCAAAUAUUACGUUUACGACAAGAAGUUUGUGUGGGUAAAGAGACUAAACCAGAGAAUCAAAUAUGAAACUCUUGCAAAGUGGUCGCCUGGAGGCACUGAGUAGUGCACUGUCCAUCUUGAAUGGGGACAGCGCUGUGCAGGGCCGUGUAGAAAGUUACAGCUGUAAAAUGGCUGGUGGUGAGAAGGCUUUCUACAAAAGGUUUACUGCAGCGGGUGAGACAACUCACAACCUCCAGGCUCUAUCACCACCAGAAAGUGUUACAUACAGUCGAAGCCUUUCUGGGGAUGAAGAGGGAGUCCUGUGUGAUACUAUAUCACGAAAAACCUUAUUUUACUUGAUUGCUACACUGAAUGCUGCCUUUCCAGAUUAUGAUUUUUCAUUGGCAAAGAGUUGUGAAUUCAGUGCUGAGCCAUCAUUGACAUGGGUGCAAAGUGCUGUGGAUGCAGCUCUUUCUGCAGUUGGUGGACUCCGCUGGAGACAGCUAAAGCCUGCUUUGUGGGCUGCUAUUGAUGAGGAGGUCCAGCUAGCAGACUGCAGAAUAUAUAGCUACAAUCCGGACUUGGCCAGUGACCCAUUUGGAGAGCCUGGAUGUUUGUGGACCUUCAAUUUUUUCUUUUACAAUGUAAAACUGAAAAGAAUUGUUUUCUUCACCUGUAGGGCAAUGAGCCCUGUUUGUGCUGAUUCUGGUGUUGAUUUUGCUAUGGAUGAAGAUGAAGAAUAUAAUUAAAAAUAAAAUUUGCAGACUACCUUGUGAUUUUUAAAACUAAAUUCUUAUUUUUCAUUUUAUUAAUUCUAAUUUAUACUAUUUCUCCUUAUUGUUUAAAUAUC